AUGAGUGCUUCAUUGGUUGAGAAUCCAGCGGUGAAGUCGUCGCAGCUGUUGAGACCGAAGGGGUUCUUCCAGCGCCCUUACGUCUUACCGUUCGUUGUGCUCUAUCCAUGGUUUGGUCAUAUUUAUUUCGGUUAUUAUGAUGAAUAUAUUAAAGGGUCUGAAUGGACUUUUGUUUAUUUAGGUGCUAUUAUCUCACUGCAAGCACUGUUGUUAUUGAUGCCAAAUUGGAAUAUCAACAUUGAUGCCCUUUUCAAUUAUUCCAAAACUGAUAAGUUGGAUGAAGCUACUCAUAUUAUGAUUGUUGCUGCUCCAAAUAAUGGAUUAGGUGCAAUUAGUGAAAUUAAUCGUGAUAAAUAUCCUGAUGAAAUUCAAACUUCUUUCCUUUUCCAAAAAAGAAGAUUUAUUUAUCAUGAAAAGGAUAAUUUAUUUACUCCUCCAAGAUUUUUAAUUGAUUCUGAUCCAAAAAUUGAAGAUUAUCAAAAAACAAAAGGUAUUACAGGUGAUUUAUCAAAAUUAGAACGUUCAUUUGGUAAAAAUACUUUUGAUAUUCCAAUUCCAACUUUUUGGGAAUUGUUUAAAGAACAUGCUACUGCUCCAUUUUUUGUUUUCCAAGUUUUCUGUGUUGGGUUAUGGUUAUUAGAUGAAUUUUGGUAUUAUUCAUUAUUUACUUUAUUUAUGCUUGUUAGUUUUGAAUGUACUACAGUUUUCCAACGUCGUUCCACUAUGGGUGAAUUUAGAACAAUGGGUGUUAAACCAUUUCAAAUUAAUGCUUAUAGAAAUAACAAAUGGGAAGAAAUCUCCACUAUUGAUUUAUUACCUGGUGAUGUUGUUUCAAUCACUCGUACUGCUGAUGAAUCUGCUAUUCCAUGUGAUUUGAUCUUAACUGAUGGUUCAGCUAUUGUUAAUGAAGCUAUGCUUUCUGGUGAAUCUACUCCUUUAUUAAAAGAAUCUAUUAAAUUACGUCCAAGUGAAGAAUCUUUACAAUUGGAUGGUUUAGAUAAAAAUUCUAUCUUACAUGGUGGUACAAAAGCUUUACAAGUUACUGCACCAACAGAUUCAAUUAUCCCAUUAGCUCCAGAUAAUGGUGCUUUAGCUGUUGUUACCAAGACUGGGUUUGAAACUUCUCAAGGUUCUUUAGUUCGUGUUAUGAUUUUUUCUGCUGAAAGAAUUUCUGUUGGUAAUUAUGAAUCAUUAUUUUUCAUCUUAUUUUUAUUAAUCUUUGCCAUUGCUGCUUCUUGGUAUGUUUGGGUUGAAGGUACUAAAAUGGGUCGUAUUCAAAAUAAAUUGAUUUUAGAUUGUAUUUUAAUUGUUACUUCUGUUGUUCCACCUGAAUUACCAAUGGAAUUAACUAUGGCUGUUAAUACUUCAUUAGCUUCAUUGAGUAAAUUUUUCAUUUAUUGUACUGAACCAUUUAGAAUCCCAUUAGCUGGUAGAAUUGAUGUUUGUGCUUUUGAUAAAACUGGUACUUUAACAGGUGAAGAUUUAGUUUUUGAAGGUUUAGCUGGGUUUGGUAAUGAAAUUCGUCAUUUAUCUAAACCAAAUGAAGUUCCAGAAAUUACAAAUUAUGUUUUAGGUUCUGCUCAUGCUUUAGUUAAAUUAGAUGAUGGUGAAGUUGUUGGUGAUCCAAUGGAAAAGGCUACUUUAGAAGCUGCUGGUUGGAAAAUUGGUGAAAAAGAUGUUGUUUUCAGAGAAACUAAAGCUAAAAAAACUGAAAAAAUUAAAAUUUUACGUCGUUUCCAAUUUUCUUCAGCUUUAAAACGUUCUUCUUCAAUUUCUUCUUAUGGCUCUAAAACUCUUGUCUCUACUAAAGGUGCUCCAGAAACUAUUCGUCAAAGAUUAUCUGAAAUUCCAAAAAAUUAUGAAGAAAUUUAUAAAUCAUUUACUCGUUCCGGUUCUCGUGUUUUAGCAUUGGCUUAUAAACAUUUAGAAGAUAAUAUCACACCUGCUAAAGUUACCAAAUUAGAUCGUGAAAAAGUUGAAACUGGUUUAAUUUUCGCUGGGUUUAUUGUUUUCCAUUGUCCUUUGAAAGAUGAUGCCAUUGAAACUAUUGAAAUGUUGAAUGAAUCAAGUCAUCGUUCAAUUAUGAUUACUGGUGAUAAUCCUUUAACUGCUGUUCAUGUUGCCAAAGAAGUUAAAAUUGUUGAAAGAGAAGUUUUAAUUUUAGAUGCUCCAGAAGAACAUCAUGGUGAUCAUGAAUUAGUAUGGAGAAGUGUUGAUGAAUCUAAGAUUUUACCAUUUUCAAGUACUGAUAAAAUUGAUGAAUCUUUAUUCAAGAAGAAUGAUAUUGCUGUUACUGGUUAUGCCUUAUCAAAAUUAUUAGAACAUCCACAAUUACAUGAUUUAAUUAGACAUACUUGGAUUUAUUCUCGUGUUUCUCCAUCUCAAAAGGAAUUUAUCUUGAACACUUUAAAACAUUUAGGUUAUAAUACUUUAAUGUGUGGUGAUGGUACAAAUGAUGUUGGUGCUUUAAAACAAGCUCAUGUUGGUGUUGCUCUUUUGAAUGGUACUGAAGAAGGUAUGAAGAAAAUGGCUGAAGCUAGAAAAAUUGAUGCCUUACAAAAAGUUUAUAAGAAACAAUGUGAAAUUAUGGGUGCUUGGGGUAAACAACAUCCACCAGUCCCAUUACCAAUUGCUCAUUUAUAUCCACCAGGUCCAACUAAUCCACAUUAUUUAAAAGCUAUUGAAAAACAAGGUAUUACAAUUACUGAUGAAAUGAGAAGAUUACAUGCUGAAAGUUCAACUGUUUCUGCUUCUGGUACUGAAAAUAAUACUGCUCAAUCUCAAUUAAGUAAUCAAUUAUUAGGUUCUUUACAUGAAUUAGAAGAUCAAAAUGAAGCUCCAACUUUGAAAUUAGGUGAUGCCUCAGUUGCUGCUCCAUUCACUUCUAAAUUAGCAAAUGUUUCUACUGUUACUAAUAUUAUUCGUCAAGGUCGUUGUGCAUUAGUUUCAACUAUUCAAAUGUAUAAGAUUUUAGCUUUGAAUUGUUUGAUUAGUGCUUAUUCCUUGUCUGUUAUUUAUUUAGCUGGUGUUAAAUUUGGUGAUGGUCAAGCUACUGUUUCUGGGUUAUUAAUUUCUGUUUGUUUCUUGAGUAUUUCAAGAGGUAAACCAGUUCAAAAAUUAUCUAAAGAAAGACCACAACCUGGUAUUUUCAAUAUUUAUAUUAUGGGUUCAAUCUUGGGUCAAUUUGCAGUUCAUAUUGCAACAUUAAUCUAUAUCACUGCUGAAAUUUAUAAAUUGGAACCAAGAGAACCAAAACCAGAUUUAGAAAAAGAAUUUGCUCCAUCACUAUUAAACACUGGUAUCUUUUUAAUCCAAUUAGCUCAACAAGUUUCCACAUUUGCUGUCAAUUAUCAAGGUUUACCAUUUAGAGAAAGUAUUAAAGAUAAUAAAGGUAUGUACUAUGGUUUAUUAGGUGUUGCAGGUUUAGCACUUGCAGGUUCAACUGAAUUUAUCCCAGAAUUAAAUGAAGCUAUGAAAUUUGUCCCAAUGGAUGCUGAUUUCAAAACUAAAUUAACAGUUACAAUUAUUUUGGAUUUAGGUGUUUCUUGGGCUAUUGAAUUAGUUUUAAAACAUUUCUUUAUGGAUUCAAAAGCUGCUGAUAUCGCACAACGUGAUGAAGUUGAAGAAAAGAAUUAA